AUGUUUUCACCUCCUAUACAACGUGGAAUUAAGGCUCUUGAUAAAGAAUUAUUUAAGCGUACUAUUGAGGUUAUAGGUGUCCGUGUUCCUAUAAAUUCCAUAUCAAAAUUUACAAAAACAUUAAAAGAAGAUCUAUUUAAUCAACCAAAAUUAAGAAAUGUUAUUGAUGAUCCAAAUUCAAAUUCAACCAAAAUAGUUUUAUUAAAUCCAAAAGUUAAAACAUUAGAACUUGAUAAUAUUUCUGAAGAGACUAAAGAGUUUAUAAAGAAGGAAGGAAAUGGAAUUAUAAGUCAUUCAGUUGAAUUAAAUUAUGAUUAUUGGAGUGCUGAUGAUAUUCUUAAAGCAAUAUUACCUGAAGGAGUUGAAGUACCAUCAUCAUUUACACAAGUUGGUCACAUAGCACACAUGAAUUUACGUGAUGAAUUUAUACCUUGGAAAUAUAUAAUUAGUCAAGUUGUUCUUGAUAAGAAUUCCAAAAUCACCACAGUUGUUAAUAAAACAGAUAUGAUUGAUUCUACUUAUAGACAUUUUAAAAUGGAAAUCUUGGCAGGAGAACAUAAUUUGAUGGCUGAAGUGAAAGAAAGUAAUUGUAAAUUUAGAUUUGAUUUUUCUAAAGUCUAUUGGAAUUCACGAUUACAUACAGAACAUGAUCGCGAUGUUUUUGCUGGAGUUGGUCCAUUUUCAAUUCCUGCUGCAAAAAAAGGAUGCAUUGUAAAAGAUAAAGUUCAUCCAUACAAUUUAGAUGGAAGAGAGUUUAUAAAAAAUGCUUCAGAAAACUUGAGAUCAUCAUCAGAUUCAUCAAAUUUUCGAAUUUUUGAUCAUUUUGUAAUGAAUUUGCCUGCAUCUGCUAUAGAAUUUUUAGGUCAAGAGAAAGAAAUAAGAAAUUCAAAAAUCAAUUUACCAACUAUACAUUGUCAUUGUUUUUCAAAAAGCGAGAAUCCUAAACAAGAGAUUAUACAAAGAAUCAACAAAAUUUUGGAAAUGCCAUUAGAAAAAUCUAAUGAUGGUGGCAUUGAUAAAUAUAAUAUACAUUUUGUUAGAAAAGUUGCACCAAAUAAAGAUAUAACAACAAAAUCUAACGAUAACAAUGAUAAUAGUAAAGAUGAUAAUGUUAAAGCUAAAAAAACUAAAUUGGAAUAA